AUGCUGCUCUCUGAAGAACCCGCCACUCUCAUCCACCACACGGUGCGCAACUUCAACAUCGACCCGGACAAGCUGGCCGUGUCACGCGUCAACGAGUCGCUGUCCACCCUCCAGCAGGCGCGGGAGCUCCGGCUACGCGAAGCCGAGCAGUCACUCAAGAAGCUCUCACGGCAGCUCAACACGCUGUCUUCGCAGCACGACGACCUGGCCGCGGCGCACUCGUCGACCGACCACGCGUCGCACAUUGCACGCCUGGACACGCAGAAGUUCCGCGUCGCCAAGGCCGCCAACGACGCCGAGGUCGAGACGGAGCGCUUGGCCCAGCAGGCCGCCGACCUCUCCGCCCGGCUGCAGGAGCUCGAGCUCCAGGGCGUCGAGGGCGGGGCGGAUGACGCGUCGUCGCGCCGAGGUAGGGACCCCGUCGACGACGAGGUCCUGCUGCGUCUCAAGGUCUACCGCAGCCUGGGCAUCGACAUCGAGCGCGACAGCAGGGACGGCGAGUGGAAUCGUGCCGUAGUGCGCAACGAUCGGAGGGGCGAUGUCCACGUUGUCAAUUUGGAUAAGAAGUUUUCGCGAUACUUUUACGCCAACCAUUUCUGGUCGACGCUUUGA